AGCGGGCACAGAGCGGGGCUCUCCGCCCGGGGGGAGGGGGCGCCGCUUCGAGCCGCGCCAGCCCUGCGCUGACCCCCGAGGCCGGGCUGUGAGUCCAGUGUCGGGGGGGUUCGUCGGUAGCUCACUGGGGCCCCCUGCAGUGCCGCUGGCCCGUGGAUGGACAGCCUGGGGCGCGAGGGCUUCCCUGCCGCCUCCCGUGCCGAGAGUCCGCGGGCCGGGGAUAAACGCGCUGGGCUGGGGGAGGCGCCUUGGCCUGUGAAGACACUUGACAUCUGUGCUGGCUCGACCUGGCUGAAGAUGAUGCUCGCGAAGCGGACUUGCCAGUGUUGGAAGCGUCUCUCUUCCUUGCCAGUCUUGGUCCUGGUUAACUGUUGUGUCUUGCUGGCGAGCGCGGAUAACACCAGCCAGGCGUAUUACACAGCCCUCAUCAACGUGACUGUGCUGAACCCCGACCGAGUCAGCCCUACCUUACUCAGGAUCGAUCGUGGACGCUACGGGCAGGAUUCCCCCAAAGUGGAGGUCAAAGGCCUGCUGCUGGCCCCAGUGCCUAUCAACGGAGUGGUGGAUCGUCUGGGCUGUGAUCCUCGAACACGUUUCCAUGUUCCUCCGAAUACUAAGCAGUGGAUUGCCUUGCUGCAACGAGGAAACUGUACAUUUAGAGAGAAAAUAUUGCGAGCAGCUUCACAUAAUGCCACAGCUGUGGUCAUUUACAACAAUAUAUCCAGUGAGGAACCUGUCACUAUGACUCAUCAAGGAACUGGAGACAUUGUUGCUGUCAUGAUUACAGAGUCCAAGGUAAAGGAGAUCCUAAAUUACUUGGAAAAGAACAUCUCUGUCCUGAUGGCAAUAGCAGUUGGAGCCCGUGUUCCUCCAAAGAAUUUUAGUCGUGGCUCUCUAGUUUUUGUGUCAAUAUCAUUCAUCGUUUUGAUGAUAAUUUCAUCAGCAUGGUUAAUAUUUUACUUCAUCCAGAAGAUCAGAUACACAAAUGCACGUGACAGGAACCAGCGUCGUCUUGGAGAUGCUGCGAAGAAAGCCAUCAGCAAAUUGACAACCAGGACAGUAAAGAAGGGUGAUAAGGAAACAGACCCAGACUUUGAUCAUUGUGCUGUCUGUAUCGAGUGUUACAAGCAGAAUGAUGUUGUCCGUAUUCUGCCAUGCAAGCACGUUUUCCACAAAGCCUGUGUGGAUCCUUGGCUUAGUGAACACUGUACCUGUCCUAUGUGUAAACUGAACAUUUUGAAGGCUCUGGGAAUUGUACCAAGUGUGCCAUGUACAGAUAACGUAGCCUUUGAUAUGGAAAGGCUCACCAGAGGCCAGCCAGCCAAUAGACGAUCGGCACUUGGUGACUUUGCCAAUGACAACUCACUCAGCCUGGAGCCCCUACGCACUUCUGGGAUGUCACAGCUUCCACAGGACGGGGAAAUAACUCCAAGGACAGGGGAGAUCAACAUUGCCGUAACAAGUGGUCACUUCUUUCACCACAAUUCUUUGUCUCCUCGGAGCCUGGUCUAUGAGAGUGAAUUCUCAACAAUCCAACCUGCCUUGGACAUGUACGAUGAGAACAAAACCUGAAAGGAAUGUGCGUUGUGGUGUUGGUUUCUUCCUUUUUCGUUUCUCAUUCCUGUUGUUGUGUACCCCUUCCAUGGGUGUCCUUUUGUCUAAAGAAGAGCUGCUUUUCCCAGAAUACAAGCCUGGCUUCCAAGUGACAAAGGUGAAGCUCAACUAUGGUUGUCUCCAAGGAUGCCAUCUCUGGGACAACAAUGUGCAUACACAAAAUGGGCCGUUAUAAGUUGCAGAAUUGGAGUGCAAGUUAGGUUUGUCAGUCCAGCCGACUCUGUACAAAAGAGGGCUUGCCCUGAUCCAGAGUACUUUUGUAUUGAAAAGGUGCAUCUUAAAUAAGCAGGUGAUCUUCCCACUGUUUUAAUCAUGCACAUGUUUGCUGGACUAUCAGACAAGAUACCUGGUGGUAGAGGCGAUUCCAAUUUCCAGUGGGGUAAAGGAACCCCAUUUUUUUUUCAGUCUCCUCAUGAGCUUAUUGUGACAUGUCCCCGUUCUGAGGGGAACCUGUAGAAAUGCACUGAUUUUUCCUAUUGCCCAUUUAACUCUGGGUAAUGGCAAAACAGGUUGGCAUUACAGCUUCAGACAGGAGCUGUGUCUGGAGUAUCCAGGAAAGGUUUCAAGUAACCCAGUGCUUCAAUUUUUCAGUUUACACUGAAGCUGGAUAAAGGUUUCCUAUACAGAAUGCAACUUCAGCCAUUCCUAGCCCUCCUCCCAAGUGAAUCUCUUGACAACAGGGAUGCUGCUGAUGUUCAUGGGCGCACCAUUUGAUCUUCCUUAAAAUCAUUAGACUUCUUGAGAAAUGUGCAGGUAUCUAGCUAGCUAGCUAUCUUUUGAUUUUUAUUUUUUUUUUAAAUCCACCAGUUUUUUUUACCAAGAUUUUUGAGAAGCCAACAUGUUGGUAUUGUACACAGAACAAAAUGUAAAUUUCCUACCCUGUUCUCCCAAUGAAACCUGCAACAGUUAAGUGACAAACACUUUCUCAAUGCUGUGCCCUUUCCUGCUGCCAUCAGUAAUGUGAAUGCAGAAAGCAGAAGAAUUAAGGAAAGCACCCAUGCUUUGACACUUGGAGAAAAAAAAAACAG